UCAUAGUAAAUGCGGACAGCGGACAGCGAGUGAAAAGGUAUAACGUUUCUUGAGCUGUUGAAGUAUUUAUGGAGAGUGUCGCCUUUACCACCAACAGGCACACUUCGAGAAGUACUGAAAUUUCAUGCUGGGUCCCAAUUUUCUCCUCGCGCCAAACCGUGGACAUAAAUGCAUAGACCAGAGAAGACGCCUCCAACUUUCAAUGUGAUGCAUCUGCACGAGAGGAAAAUUACUCGACUAAGAUGGGUAAUAAGCAAACGAUAUUUACUGAUGAACAGCUAGACGCAUAUCAGGACUGCACUUUCUUCACCCGAAAGGAAAUCCUUCGCUUGCAUGGAAGAUACCACGAGUUGGCUCCACAUUUGGUUCCCAUGGACUACACCAACGAUCCUGAUGUUAAAGUCCCAUUAGCUCUCAUAGUCAACAUGCCAGAACUGAAGAUCUGCACCAAUAGCUGGUGUGUGGUGAGUGUACUGGUGCACUAUGGCUGCCGUCACAUCAUCCAGGAGAAUCCAUUCAGGAAUCGGAUUGUGGAAUCAUUCUCUGAAGACGGCCAGGGGAACCUCAGCUUCAACGACUUUGUUGACAUGUUUUCAGUUCUCAGUGAAACGGCCCCAAGAGAACUCAAAGCCAUUUAUGCUUUUAAAAUAUACGACUUUAACGUGGAUAAUUACAUCUGCAAGGAAGACUUAGAAAAAACUUUAAACAAGUUGACAAAGGAGGAGCUGACACCUGAAGAGGUUAUUCUGGUGUGUGAGAAGGCCAUCGAGGAGGCUGAUCUGGAUGGAGACAACAAGCUGUCCUUUGCCGACUUUGAGAAUAUGAUCUCCAGGGCUCCUGACUUUUUAAGCACCUUCCAUAUACGAAUCUAAAUGGCUUCAAUGGAAGACACCGAUCCUGAGGUUCCUAGGCUGAUCCAGAACUUGAAUCCACCUUGAACAGACAUGUACACAUCGGAGGAUAAAUGUCUACAAUUGUUUUCCUUUCAUUUUUGCACUGGAAGCACACUUGACAUUGAGGAUUAAUGACAAGUGCAUGGUUUUUUAGCCAGUGGAAAACUUCAAACAUUGGUUCAGAAAUCCCUUUGUGUUUACAGAGAGAGGAAACAGGAUGGCAAGAUCUUUUGUGGAUUUGACCUGGUUGUGGACUACAGCCACUCAUAUGGGGUCCUACAAAUGUUCUCCUUGGUCUAACAAUGUCUGUGGCACAUUGGAAACAAUUUUGACUCACUCUCCUAAUUCUAAUGACUCGUCUUUGGGAUCAAGUAAAUCAUUGGACAUUGUCCAUCCUAAAUGUUAAAGAGAGAGUGAGUGAGAGGGCUACAAAGCACAGCACUGGCAUCGAUGUCACUGAGACAGUGUUUUCUACAGCUAUGCAAUCUUUCUCCAUAAAAUGCAUGAAUUAGAUUAUGUUUCCCCCCUUUUUCAUUCCCUAAUGUCCCUACAGCUUUGCCAUUUCAAAACUAUCUAAUUGCUUAUAGAACUGGAGCAUGACGACAAUCAUAUCUCAGUGUACUCCAGUUGAAUGAAGGGCUCUAUCAUCAUAUAUUUCUCUCAUUGUCUUAUACACUGUCAUUCACUCUCCAUGUAUUUGUUCUGCUUGCGAUUCCUGUAUCCCUUCUGUCCUAACUUGAGGUUUUAGCGUCAAACUGUCUCUUACCUUUUACUUUUUUCAGUAUUUGAUGUGAUA